AGAGGAAGAUGGCGGCGGCCGCCAGCACCCGCGGUGCCGCGGGGCCGCUCCGAGGAGCUUGAGAGACCCACGGAGGCUUCGCGGGAAGACGCGGCGGCGGAGGAUGAGCCUGCAGAGCGCGCAGUAUCUCCGGCAGGCAGAAGUCCUGAAGGCUGAUAUGACAGAUUCUAAGCUGGGUCCAGCUGAGGUCUGGACAUCCAGGCAGGCUCUGCAGGACCUGUACCAGAAAAUGCUAGUUACUGAUUUGGAAUACGCUUUAGACAAGAAAGUAGAACAGGAUCUCUGGAAUCAUGCCUUUAAGAAUCAGAUCACAACACUACAAGGACAGGCAAAGAAUCGAGCAAACCCGAAUCGGAGUGAAGUUCAGGCAAACCUUUCUCUGUUCCUAGAGGCAGCUAGUGGCUUCUAUACCCAGUUAUUACAAGAACUGUGUACAGUGUUUAAUGUAGAUUUACCAUGCCGUGUGAAGUCUUCCCAGUUGGGAAUUAUCAGCAAUAAACAGACGCAUACCAGCGCCAUAGUGAAGCCACAGUCUAGCUCCUGUUCCUAUAUCUGCCAGCACUGCCUCGUCCACCUUGGAGACAUUGCUCGAUAUAGAAACCAGACCAGCCAGGCAGAGUCCUACUAUAGGCAUGCAGCUCAGCUUGUCCCCUCCAACGGUCAGCCUUACAAUCAAUUGGCUAUCUUAGCUUCUUCCAAAGGAGACCAUCUGACCACAAUUUUCUACUACUGCAGAAGCAUUGCUGUGAAGUUCCCUUUCCCAGCUGCCUCCACGAAUCUACAAAAAGCACUUUCUAAAGCACUGGAAAGCCGGGAUGAGGUGAAAACCAAAUGGGGUGUUUCUGACUUCAUUAAGGCUUUUAUUAAAUUCCAUGGUCAUGUAUACCUGAGUAAGAGCUUGGAGAAGCUGAGCCCUCUUCGAGAGAAAUUGGAAGAACAGUUUAAGAGACUGCUAUUCCAAAAAGCUUUCAACUCUCAGCAGUUAGUUCAUGUCACUGUCAUUAACCUAUUUCAACUUCAUCACCUUCGUGACUUUAGUAAUGAAACGGAGCAGCAUAGUUACAGCCAAGAUGAACAGCUAUGUUGGACACAAUUGCUGGCCCUCUUUAUGUCUUUUCUUGGCAUCCUGUGCAAGUGUCCUCUGCAGAAUGAGUCUCAGGAGGAGUCCUACAAUGCCUAUCCCCUUCCUGCGGUCAAGGUCUCCAUGGACUGGCUAAGACUCAGACCCAGAGUCUUUCAGGAGGCAGUGGUAGAUGAAAGACAGUACAUUUGGCCCUGGCUAAUUUCUCUUCUGAAUAGUUUCCAUCCGCACGAAGAGGAUCUCUCAAGUACUAAUGCUACACCACUUCCAGAGGAGUUUGAGUUACAAGGAUUCUUGGCUUUGAGACCUUCUUUCAGGAACUUGGAUUUUUCCAAAGGCCACCAGGGUAUUACAGGAGACAAAGAAGGUCAGCAACGGCGAAUACGACAGCAACGCUUGAUAGCUAUAGGCAAAUGGAUUGCCGAUAAUCAGCCAAGGCUGAUUCAGUGUGAAAAUGAGGUAGGGAAAUUGUUAUUUAUCACAGAAAUUCCAGAAUUAAUACUGGAAGACCCCAGUGAAGCCAAAGAGAACCUCAUUCUACAAGAAACACCUGUGAUAGAGUCGCUGGCUGCUGAUGGGAGCCCAGGACUGAAAUCAGUACUGUCUACAGGCCGAAAUCUAAGCAACAGCUGUGACACAGGAGAGAAACCAAUGGUCACCUUCAAAGAGAACAUUAAGCCACGAGAAGUGAACAGAGACCAAGGAAGAAGUUUUCCUCCCAAAGAGGUGAAAUCCCAGGCAGAACUAAGAAAGACUCCAGUGUCUGAAGCCAGGAAAACACCUGUAACUCAAACCCCAAGUCAAGCAAGUAACUCCCAGUUCAUCCCCAUUCAUCACCCUGGAGCCUUCCCUCCUCUUCCUAGCCGGCCAGGGUUCCCGCCCCCAACAUAUGUUAUUCCCCCUCCUGUGGCAUUUUCUAUGGGCUCAGGUUACACCUUCCCAGCUGGUGUUUCUGUCCCAGGAACCUUUCUUCAGCCUGCAGCUCACUCUCCAGCAGGAAACCAGGUGCAAGCUGGGAAACAGUCCCACAUUCCUUACAGCCAGCAACGGCCCUCUGGACCAGGGCCAAUGAACCAGGGACCUCAACAGUCACAGCCACCCUCCCAGCAACCCCUUCCAUCUUUACCAGCUCAGCCAACAGCACAGUCCACAAGCCAGUUGCAGGUUCAAGCUCUUGCUCAGCAGCAGCAAUCCCCUACAAAAGCCGUGCCAGCUUUGGGGAAAAGCCCUCCUCACCACUCUGGAUUCCAACAGUAUCAACAGGCAGAUGCCUCCAAACAGCUGUGGAAUCCUCCUCAGGUUCAAGGCCCAUUAGGGAAAAUCAUGCCUGUGAAACAGCCCUACUACCUUCAGUCCCAAGACCCCAUAAAACUGUUUGAGCCGUCAUUGCAACCUCCUGUAAUGCAGCAGCAGCCUCUAGAGAAAAAAAUGAAGCCUUUUCCCAUGGAGCCAUAUAACCAUAAUCCCUCAGAAGUCAAGGUCCCAGAAUUCUACUGGGAUUCUUCCUACAGCAUGGCUGAUAAUAGAGCUGUAAUGGCACAGCAAGCAAACAUGGACCGCAGGGGAAAACGGUCACCAGGAGUCUUCCGUCCAGAGCAGGAUCCUGUGCCCAGGAUGCCAUUUGAGGACCCCAAGAGCUCCCCUUUGCUUCCUCCGGACCUGUUAAAGAGUCUGGCUGCCUUGGAGGAAGAGGAAGAGCUGAUUUUUUCUAACCCUCCUGAUCUUUACCCAGCUCUGCUGGGGCCUCUCGCCUCUCUUCCUGGACGAAGCCUCUUUAAAUCCUUAUUGGAGAAACCCUCAGAGCUCAUGUCACAUUCAUCCUCUUUCCUGUCCCUCACCGGAUUCUCUCUCAAUCAGGAAAGAUACCCAAAUAACAGUAUGUUCAAUGAGGUAUAUGGGAAAAACCUGACAACCAGUUCCAAAGCAGAACUCAAUCCCUCGAUGGCCCCCCAGGAAACAUCACUGUACUCCCUUUUUGAAGGGACUCCAUGGUCUCCAUCACUUCCUGCCAGUUCAGAUCACUCAACACCAGCUAGCCAGUCUCCUCAUUCCUCUAACCCAAGCAGUCUGCCCAGCUCUCCUCCAACACACAACCAUAAUUCUGUUCCAUUUUCCAAUUUUGGACCCAUUGGGACUCCAGACAACAGGGAUAGGAGGACUGCAGAUCGGUGGAAAACUGAUAAGCCAGCCAUGGGUGGGUUUGGCGUUGAUUAUCUCUCAGCAACAUCAUCCUCUGAGAACAGUUGGCAUCAGGCCAGUACUCCAAGUGGCACCUGGACAGGCCAUGGCCCCUCCAUGGAGGAUUCCUCUGCUGUCCUCAUGGAAAGUCUAAAGUCUAUCUGGUCCAGUUCCAUGAUGCAUCCUGGACCUUCCGCUCUGGAGCAGUUGUUAAUGCAGCAGAAGCAGAAACAGCAGCGGGGACAAGGCACCAUGAACCCUCCACACUGAGGCCAAAGUGGCAACCCUGGGAAUGAAGGCUCCAUAAACCAUGGCAUGUUGGGUUUGCAGGACUGGCCCACACAGUCCCCUGCAGGUGGCAGCCCUCUUGUCUGUUUCUUGCUAUCAAGAGGGUGUAAGUGUUCCACCAGCCCGCUGAGUGUGCACGAAAUGUUCGCAGUGCAACAAAAAGAAAAAUCCAUCAGGAACUCUCCGUCCCCCCAGGUCCUUCCGGAGGGAGAGAGGAACUGCUGUUUGUCUCACUCAGUUACUUGAUAUCACCGCCUCUCACCUUCUCCAUCGUGCAUGUCCCCAGCCACAUGGGAAGUGAAAGCUGAGAAGGGAAGGCAGAUGGGAGAAGCCAAUGGGAACUUCUCAGUCCUUUUUUCCUCUUUGGGGAAUAAAAUAGGAAUCCAUUAA